GUCAGUUUAAUAAGAAUAAGAAACGGACCGGCGAGAUUUAUUCUCCAGCCGAUUUACGUAAAAGUUGAAAAUCCCUAAAUUGGCCUGAAAGGAUGUCACGUUCUUUACAACGUUUGCUGGGUAGCUGUAGGCGCUUGGUUCAGCAGCCCGUCUUCCGCCCGCAACGUACUUUUGCUGCCGCGCCAGAUCCCGUUAAGGGCAAGGGGCCGAUAUCGUGGAAAGGCUUGGCUGUUGUUGGAGUCCUGGGCGCCGGAGGUCUGGGCUUCAUGCUCUAUGUGAAGAGCGAGAAGGAUGAGGCACGAAUGUUGGAGCGUAAGAGGCAACUUGGCAAGGCAGCUAUUGGUGGGCGUUGGGACUUGGUUGACUCUCAAGGACAAGUGCGGAAAUCAGAGGAAUUUCUGGGAAAAUGGCUGCUUAUUUAUUUUGGCUUCACCAACUGUCCAGAUAUUUGUCCCGACGAACUGGAGAAAAUGGCGGCUGUCGUCGAUGAAGUCGAAAAGUCCCCACAGACGCCGGCAGUGCAGCCCAUAUUCAUAACAGUGGAUCCAGAGCGUGACUCCAAGGAAGUGGUCGGAAAAUAUGUCAAGGAGUUUUCACCAAAGCUGCUGGGACUAACUGGCACCGUGGACCAGAUCCGAAAUGUGUGCAAGGCCUUUCGCGUUUACUUCAGUGCCGGUCCACGCGACGAGGAUAACGACUAUAUUGUGGAUCACACCAUUAUCAUGUAUUUAGUCAACCCGGACGGAGAGUUUGUCGAUUACUACGGCCAGAACAGGGAUAAGGAGCAGUGUGUGGCGUCGAUUCUGGUCAACAUCGCCAAAUGGAAUUCGCUCAACAAAAAGGGUUGGUUCACCUAGGCUGGGCAAGACCUUGCAAAAUUAAAAUGUUAGCUUUGUUUUUAUCUUUAUAGCUGUGCUGU